AUGGUUGAUAGGUCUUGGGAGAUUCCUCUCACUAUAUCUCUGAGGGGUGGAGCUGAAGCUGAACGUGUUCUUUUGAUGCAAACGUUGAAUGCUCUUCCUCAACUUUGGAUUACCACAGGGCCUGCACGUUUGGUUUGGCCUUUAGAGGCAUCUAUGGUCUUCUCGGUUCAUUCUUUCGCUACAAACCUUAUUGAGAGUAACUUUGGAGAUAGACGCUUCCACCAGUGGAUGGUGAUCGGGACGAAGCACCUCAUUUGA